AUGAAGCUGCUGCACAUCCUCUGCGCUCUCCUGGCCAAUUGUGCCCUGAUCUGGGCUGCCACUGAGGGAGAGGAGCCGAAGGGAUCCGCCUCGAGUGAGUUGAGGCUCCCAAAGCAGCAGCCGCAUGGUCCGCAUGGUCCGCACAGUCCAGGAUUCAAGCUGGUAUCCUUCGACGCUGUGGGCAAGCACAUUUCCCUGGGACUGGACUAUCUGGUGCCCUUCCUGGAGGUGCCCAUCAAGCGCAAACGCAAUGCACCCCCAAAGCCCCUGGUCAUAAUCAAUUCCGCGGCGGUGCUCAGCUGCGGACUCGUGGCAGCUGGCGGACUCCUCGUUGGCCACUUGAUCCGCAGCAUGGGUUUGGACGCCAUCACCCAGGAUGACUCCCCAGGCCAUGGCCAUGGCCAUGGCCCCACUACGAGUGGAAGGCCAAAGUCUUCGGAGGAGAGCCCCUCGUCCACGUCCACGUCCGGUGGUGGUGCGGUGCUGACCAAUGCCACGGCUCGAGGUCUCCUGGACAGGGAUCGGGGAUCGGGGAUCCUGGAGUUGUUCGAGAAUUUCAAGCUCGUUUACCGCAACGAGACAGGCGAGCGAGUAGAGAGCAGCCUCCCCAGCAUGCUCAGCACAGUGGAGCGAACGUAUUUCAGGAACGAGGUGGAUCUGUCCGCCUGCCUGCUCAAGGCCCUCUGCACCCUGACCUUCAAGGCGAGCGACAAUGUGCGCAAGCAGCAGGCCUCCGACAUGGAUCACGUGCUGGACGCGGCCACCAGCUGGUCCUGGAUCCUCGGCUGGCUGGAGCAGUCCGCCCUCCGCGAGGCCAUCGAGGCCGGCAAGGAUCCCAGGCCACAUCACUGCACCUCCCAGUAUCCCCACUGCCAGUGGGCGGCACCCGACGAGCGCAUCCUGCAGCUGCUGCAGCACAAUGUGCAGUUCAAGUGA